AUGGCGAUCCUGGUGAAACGCAUCAGGCUUCCCUUCCCCCCCUUUGUGGCCAGCACCUACGAGAGGUACACAGACCUGCGGCCGGAUAACUUCAGAUUCUGGACCUGGAAUAGGUUUUCGAGAAGCCGCCGCUGUGCCGGGAGGUAG